AUAUCUCUUAAUUAUAAUAUCAUCUCUUAAUAGAUGUAGAUGAAAAAAAAUUCUCUGGAUCGUCAAUCUAUCUAGUAAUUAUUCACAAACUAUGACAAUCAAUUUAAAAUAAAGCUCUUAUGCACAAACUGUUUUCCGUUUCAACACAUACCAACAUCAGACGAACUAACUACAAUUUUGAAUACUUUCGAAAAAAGUAAUUUUAGCAAAAAAGGAGCAUGGACCCCUUGUUAAGAAAAAUUAUUAAAUGUUAUUGUGUUUGGAGUAUGUUUAUAGAAUCGAAUGCUUCCACAUGAUUUAGUAUAAAGAAUUAACCAUAUUUUAGAUGAUUUAAGAUUGGGAGAAGAUAUCUAGGUUGAUAAUUCAUCAUAAUUGGAAAGCAUGUAGAAAUAGAUGGCUUUUAGAAAAAUAAGCAAAAGCAAAUUGGACUUUUGAAGAGGAUCAAGCUCUUAUUUAACUAUAUAAUUAACAUCCGAACAAAUGGUGUGAUAUAGCUAUUGAAUUAAUGAAGAAAUGUUAAACACCUUAUGCAAGACAAGGAAAAUAAUGUCGAGAUAGAUGGGUUAAUAAAUUAGAUCCAAAUAUUAAGAAGUAAUAAUAAAUUAUAAUAAGUUUAGGGAUCCAUGGACUAAAGAAGAAGAGUUGAUGCUUUUUUAAGAAGUAAAGAAAAAAGGCAAGAGAUGGGCAGAAAUCUCUUUAUAAAUAUUUUAAUUAAGAAGGACUGAAAACACUAUUAAAAAUAGAUAUUAUAAUCUUAUUAAGCAAGAACAAAAUAAAUUAAAGUUGAGUAAAAUGAGUAAUGAUGAGAAAGAAUAUUUUGUGAUGAAUAAAAUAGUAAAGGAACUUUAAGAGAAAGUUUAUUAAAAUUAAAAUAAUUGUCUUGAUGAUACUAAUUGGAAACAAAACAAGAGUUCGAAUUUUCAAAUUUCUUAGUUUUCGUAACAACUAUGUAAUAAUGAAUGUCUUGUAAUGAUUAAAGGAAGGAAAUUAGUUAAGCUCAACGAAACUUUAUGAGUAUAUUCAAAUUUUAU